CAUGGAGCCGCAUCGGUGGCUGCCGCUGGAGGCCAACCCCGACGUCACGAACCAGAGCUAGUAAUACUGUUUCUGACAGUGGUGAAGCUGGUACAACUGGAAGUGGAAGUAUUCUGUUGUGAAACUCUUUUGAAUUGCUGAUGCAAGUGGGAGUUUCUGAAACAGUUAGGUAUACAUCCUGACUGGCAGUUUGUAGACGUGUAUGGUAUGGAGCCAGAACUUCUUAGCAUGGUGCCAAGACCAGUCUGUGCAGUAUUACUUCUCUUCCCAAUAACAGAAAAGUAUGAAACUUUCAGAACAGAAGAAGAGGAGAGAAUAAAAACUGAGGGGCAAGAUGUGAAAUCAUCAGUGUACUUCAUGAAGCAAACAAUCAGCAAUGCCUGUGGAACAAUUGGGCUUAUUCAUGCUAUUGCAAACAACAAAGAAAAAAUGAACUUUGAAUCUGAUUCUUCAUUGAAAAAGUUUCUGGAAGAUUCAUUAUUAAUGACUCCUGAAGAGAGAGCCAAAUAUCUAGAAACCUAUGAGGCUAUUCGUGUCACUCAUGAAUCCAGUGCUCAUGAAGGUCAGACUGAGGCACCAAGUUUAGAUGAAAAAGUAGAUCUUCACUUUAUUGCAUUAGUGAAUGUAGGCGGCCAUCUGUAUGAAUUGGAUGGACGCAAACCAUUUCCAAUAAACCAUGGGCAGACAAGUGAUGACAACUUUUUAGAGGAUGCAGUAGAAGUUUGCAAGAAGUUCAUGGAACGGGAUCCAGAAGAAUUAAGAUUUAACGCAAUUGCUCUGUCAGCAGUUUAAAUUAUCCUAAUUGGAAAAACUUGUCAUUAAUGUAUUGUAAGAAAAUAACUCUUGCCAUAUGUUAAUAAUACAAAUUUUGAUACUUUCCUAACAUGUUGACAAACUGUACCACAUGUGGAAUAAACUUUGAAUUUAUCCUU